AUGACGGACAUCCGCCCGCCACCUCCAUACCCCCCAGAAGAACUUGUGGUGACUUCCCCGCCGUUCCCCUGCGCCUGGGUGACUGUGCCCGGAACGGACUUCCGCACCCGGCGCUUCCUGUUUCCACCCCCCCUGGACCCGCAGCUGCUCGCCGCCACCGACCCCACCGCCGCCCCUCUGAGCUUCGGAUACACCGUCGAGGUCACAGACGGGGCUGCGGGCGCGACAACGACACGCCCCGUCGUCAUCUGUUCCUCCCCCGAGCCGUGCACCAGACCACUUGAAGCCGAGUCGGCUGCCGAGGACGAGGGCGAGGAGAACGAGGGCGAGGAGAACGAGGAGGAGGUGGCGCGUGCUGGCGCCGCCGUGCUCAACAUGGUGGCACUCAACGACCGCGCGGCCUUUGCAAGCACCAACAGCAGGGUGCAGCUGCCGAGUACGAACUACCCCGAGGGCGUGUUCGUACUUGCCAGCUCGGACGGCAGCGGUCAGAGGUACACCGUUGAGGUGUGCACCGUCGCUUCCCCGCCGGCGGCCGUCGCGUGCGCGGAGUCCUUCGGGGUUCUGUCCGUACUGCGCCCGGCGGACGCAUGGCCCUCAGAAGCUGACAACCUUAAAAAUGUGACGUAUUCCGCCACCCACUGGUCAUCUAAAGCCGCCCAGCGCGCCGCCGCGGCGUCCGACUCGCCCGCUGCCGUACUUACUUCGACAUGUGCGCCGCCGCCGGGGAUCGACUUUCGACGGAAAGUUGUAUUUUCGUGGGGUUGGGACUUCGACGGCUUACCUCCCUCCCUGGCGCCGACCGGCUUCGUGGCCGUGUACCGCCGCUACCCGUUCGACCACAUGGCACCCGGCAGCUACGGCCUCCAGUUCGCGAAACACGACAAUGUACGGCUGGCGGUCAUUGUGAGGUUCACGGAUGCGAACCCCGAUGUCGCUGGGACGCCGGCGGCGGUGCGGGAGGUGGUGGCGGCGGCCGAGAACGCCAGCUUGUCCAUACCCGGCGGCAGGGUCAGCGACAUCACGUUUGUGUACUUCGUCCCACCGCUGAAGCUGCUGAGCAACAUCACCAAGAUGAGCGCCUCCGUCACCAUGACCUGGCGGCCGUCGCCGCCGUCGCCGCCGCCGUCACCGCCGUCGCCACCAUCGCCACCGCCUGCACCACCACCGCCCUCUCCAACACCGCCAUCCCCCUCCCCGCCACCGCCCCCCUCGCCGCCGCCGAGACCACCCCAGCCCCCGUCACCGCCCCCGUCGCCGCCGUCACCGCCGUCGCCGCCACCAUCCCGGCUGCCGUCGCUGCCGCAAUCACAUUGCGUUCGAGUGAAUCAGCAGUCCGCCCCACAACAACUUCUUGGGUCCUCUGCAACGCUGAGGGGCGUUUCCAGAAGUCUUGUUGCGCUGCUGGCUGCGGCUUUUGGUACCCUAAUGCUGUUAGCUUAG